UCCUGGUUUUCGGGGUUUCAACAUGUUGCUUGCGCCAUGCGGUGCUUCUCAACCACCAGUUCGUGUUCCGGCAGGGAGGCGCAGUUGGAGGCCUUUGGGCGCCUUCGGCCCUUUUGGCCUUGAGGGCACCAGGCCAUCGACACUCAGAACGCCUCCCAGGCGCGUCCGUACGCGCGCGGCGUCCGCGGCGUCCGCGGCCGCGUUGUCGGUCCUGGUGGUGGGGGGCUCCGGCCGUGUGGGCGGCUCCACGGCACGGUGGCUGCAGCGUUUGUCUCAGCAGGAGGGCCUCGACCUGCGGGUGGCGGUGGGGGGCCGCAGGCGCGAGAACUUCGCCGCGUGGUGCCGGCGUGUGGGGGAUGCGGGGGAGUUGGGCGAGGUGGAAUUUGUGGAGAUUGAUCACUCCCGAGAAGAGUCCGUAGAACAGGCGCUGCGUGAAACCGACUGGAGCCUGGUUUUGCACACCGCUGGGCCCUUCCAAGGCAUAACGCAGCCCACUAUUCUCAAGCAGGCCAUCCGCGCAGGAGUGCCCUAUGUGGACGUUUGUGAUGAUACUGAGCUUUGCAAAGCGGCAAAAGCCCUGACAUCGCAAGCAAAAGAGGCAAAGGUGCCGGCGGUGGUGUCGGCCGGCAUUUGGCCGGGAGUCUCUGCGCUGAUGGUUUGUGAAGCUCAAGAGCGCUUGGGUGCGAUAGAGGAGCUGGAGCUGAGCUUCCACACCUCGGGCACCGGAGGGGCAGGGCCCACCAUCGUGAGCGCCACCUUCCUGCUGCUGGCGGAGCAACCGCUGAACUUCCGGGAUGGUGCAGAAAUCCGAGCCGAGCCCUGGGGCAAUCGACGGCUUGUCGACUUUGGCCCUGGAGUGGGUGAGCAGUAUGUACAUCUUCUGGAUGAGCCGGAGGUGAAGCGGAUGUCUGGCGUAGAUGUUGCAGCCUUGCCCCAUGCAGUCCAUGACUUCAGGGAGCAUUCUACGCAACAAAGUGAGUGUGGUGAGCUUUGAGUCGAUGUAUGAGCUUGAAUGUUUUGACUGGCCCGAGGAAACCUGUCGUUGUUAGUCAAGGCGUGAAGUGCACUAAAAGACGCAGCGAUUCGGCAGGUGUACACCUGCCACGAGUGCCUGGGCAUCCCGACGAUUUCCUCUAGCUUUGGCACUGCUCCAGAUGUGUGGAACUGGAUGUUCGGAGCGGUGCGGGUUUUGCCGCCCUCAGUGCUGGGGAACCGGGGCCUCAUGCAGGCCGUGGCCAACUUCUCCAUGCCCAUCAUCUCGGCGGUGGACCGCCUGGUGGGAUCCAAGAACGCCAUGCGCCUGGACGCCAGCAGCGGAGAGCAGCGCCUCACGCUGCGGGUGAGCCACGCGGACCUGGAGGACUGCGUGGGGCUGGCCACCGCAGCCUUCGGCCUGGAGGUGCUGCAGCAAAAGGUGCCGCCAGGCGUGUGGUUCCCUGCGGAGAUGAGCGCCAAUCGAGCCAGCAUCUUCCGGCGUGUCAGGCAUGGCAGCAUCCUGUGGGAGAUGUGACCUUAGUUUGGGGAUGUCUCAGUGGUGGUUUCCUUUGGAAACCAACUUGGGGGCCACCUUUGGGACAAACCGGUGUGAGCCGCGAGCAAAUAGGGCCCGCUGG